CCCUCUUAUGGACUGAUUGUGUAGUAAUGACUCUACUACGACUCAACCUGUUCGACAUUAAUUCUUUCAACCCACGUCUAGCUGUGUUACUCAUAAUUUAAUACGAAUUCAAGUACUACUAUAUCCAAUUCAAAGUUCACGGAAGGUUCCCUGUCACAGAAUGUCUCUCCUGGUAGCCACGAUGCGCACUACGCCAGUGCUGGGCCCCAACCCCAAGAAACAUGCUCGUCUCUCAAAUUCAUUUGCACACUCUGAUAACCAGAGCGUUGGACCUACUGCAGAUCAGGAAUGUUUCAAUCGGUGGAGGCCAAAAUAUCACUUGAUGCCGCCCCGUUACUGGGUUAAUGAUCCGUGUGGUCCAGGUUACAGUCCAUCGGGACAAUGCUAUCAGAUGUCUUUCCAAUGGAACCCAUUUGGAUGUGAAUGGGGAAAUAUGUCUUGGGGACAUGCAACAUCUCAAGAUCAGGUACACUGGGUCGUUUCUCGCGAGCCUUCGAUGCAGCCCUCUGAAGUCGAAGAUCCUUGCGGCGUAUUCACAGGUUGUACCUGGCCAACCAACCCCAGCGGUCAAAACGAUGGCACUAUAACAACCUUCUAUACUUCCGCUCAACAUUCACCAAUCCAUUGGACAUUGCCUUAUGAGAAGGGCAGCGAACUCAUCCGCAUGGCAACUUCCAGGGACCAUGGGCGAACUUGGAAACGUCACCCAUCUCCCAUUGUUACAGGGCCUCCGAAAGGGCUGGACGUGUUAGGUUGGCGAGACCCCUUUAUCGGGAAAUGGGACUCUAUUGAUCGAUGCCUCAACCGUAAUAGUGGAGAGUACUUGUAUGGCGUUGUUGCGGGCGGGAUUCGUCAUCAGUCACCCACAGUCUUUCUAUACUCUAUCGACGCACGGGAUCUUACCCAAUGGAGUUUCAUUUGCACGCUCUUCACUCCAGGGCAAAAUUUUAAAACCUCAAAGAGGUUGUCAGACUUUGGAACCAAUUUUGAAGUAACCAAUUUCAUGACACUCCGAGACAAUAAUAGCGAUUCCUACGAUAUUUUGUUGAUGAGCAUAGAAGGCGCACAUGAAAUGGAAACGCCUUCAUUCUUGGAGAUCAAAGGCCAAGUCAGCAAAGCACAAAGGUCAAACAAAAUCCAGAACUGGCUUUGCGGCCAGCCAGUAUUAACAGAGAGUGUUGAGAGCCAAGCAUUGAGAUUCGAGUUUCGAUUUGGUGGCCGCCUCGACUAUGGGCUUUACUAUGCUGCAAAUUCGUUCUAUGAUACGAUAACAGACAGCCGAAUAGUUUAUGGCUGGAUUCUUGAAGAAGAUUUACCUCUUCACUUAGCAAAGAAGCAAGGAUGGAGCGGUAUGUUGUCCUUAUCUCGUAUCCUGAAGAUGAGACAGAUCAAGAACGUGGUCGCUGCUUGCUGUUCCGAUUUGCGGUCUCUGGACUGGCUUCAUUGCACCCCCAAUCUUGAUGGCUCCUAUAGCGUUACCACACUUACGUCCUCCCCUGACCCCCGCUUGUCGAGUUUACGCCAAAAAGAGUUGGGUCUGUCUUCUGCGCCUGCCGCCAAUGCUUGCAGCUACUCGGAUGCUCAGAUUACACUUGGCUUCCUACUUCUCAAAGCACGCCAUUUUGAGGCAGAAAUCUCCUUGUCAGUUCCACCAACUGCAGAACAAGUUGGUAUCACAUUGUAUCACUCUUCCGAUCAUGUAAGCAGGACAGCUAUAUACUUUCGGCCAAAUGAGGAAUAUCUAGUGGUAGAGCGAGAUGGUGUGUACACAGGUGACAAUGAAACAAGUGGUGUAAAUGACAGCCCUGAAACUGCACCACACACCCUUUUCACUACGCGAGACCCUGUUACCGGUAAAGAAGAGCAAGAAACGUUGGAUAUCCACAUUUUCUUCGAUGUCAGUGUACUUGAGAUUUUUGUCAACGGGCGUGUUGUUAUAACGACCCGUAUCUAUCCUGAGAAUGGCCAGUGUUACGGCUUGCAGCCAUUCGUGAAGCAUUUUGAAAGUUCGAUAGGAGGAAAUGAGGCAAUACUAUCGCGCUGCGUGGGAUGGGAGCUGAGGCCAUCAAUAUUUUAUGAGACAUAGAAUUAGAUUCACCAUUUUGGAGACUAGCGAGACAUAACCAAUAUAUGAACAUGUUCUUAGCAAUAC